GAAUUUCAUUAUGCUGCCGCUGCGCCAUCAUCCGCCAGCCGCUCGGAGCAGUGAAUAAUAUCCUGCUGAAAUCGCUAUUUACUCGCCGCUCUCUGAUCGCCCGUUAUUCUUUACACCAUCACGGAUAUCUUUGUGAUAGGUUUGUGUGCCAUGGAAAACCUCAAGACAGGACUUUAGGCUGUUAUCUGGGAUUCUCUUUUGAACACAAAGCAAUGUGGAGGAAGUAAGGAUCGUGCUGUGCUUUAAAUAAAGAUCAUAGAGGAUGGGCUGUGUGCAAUGUAAGGACAAAGAGGCUGCUAAGUUAACCGAGGACCGGGACACCAGCUUGUCUCAGAGCGGAGUGGGUUAUCGUUAUGGCGUCGAACCCACACCACAGCAUUAUCCCAGCUUCAGCGGGGUCACUGGGGUCACCGCUAUUCCCAACUACAACAACUUCCAUGGCGCUGGGGUCACGCAGGGCGUAACAGUCUUCGGAGGGGUCAACACGUCCACACAGCAAGGAACGCUCCGCACACGAGGAGGCACAGGUGUGACUCUGUUUGUUGCUCUGUAUGAUUAUGAGGCCCGUACAGAAGAUGAUCUCAGUUUCAGGAAAGGAGAGAAGUUUCAAAUCAUCAACAGCACUGAGGGUGAUUGGUGGGACGCCCGAUCUCUCACUACAGGAGGAACCGGCUACAUUCCCAGCAAUUAUGUCGCCCCAGUGGACUCAAUCCAGGCUGAGGACUGGUAUUUUGGAAAGUUGGGCCGUAAAGAUGCAGAAAGGCAGCUUCUUUCCACAGGAAACCCCCGUGGCACUUACCUGAUCCGUGAGAGUGAAACCACUAAAGGUGCCUUCUCUUUGUCAAUCCGGGACUGGGACGAUGUGAAGGGGGACCACGUGAAACAUUAUAAAAUACGUAAACUGGACAGCGGAGGAUAUUACAUCACCACUAGAGCUCAGUUUGAGACGCUUCAACAGCUGGUCCAGCAUUACACGGAGAGUGCAGAUGGUUUGUGCUUUAAUUUAACGGGUGUGUGCAUGGUCUACAUCCCUGAAACGGUGGGACUUAGCCAUGAUUCCUGGGAAAUCGCCCGUGAGUCUCUGACACUGGACAGGAAGCUGGGGGCCGGGUGUUUCGCUGAUGUUUGGUGUGGCACGUGGAAUGGCAACACUAAAGUUGCUGUGAAGACCCUCAAGCCGGGGACCAUGUCUCCAGAGUCCUUCCUGGAGGAAGCUCAGAUCAUGAAGAAAUUACGACAUGAUAAACUAGUGCAGCUCUAUGCUGUCGUUUCUGAGGAGCCCAUCUACAUCGUCACUGAGUAUAUGGGAAAAGGAAGCCUUCUAGAUUUCCUGAAGGAUGGGGAGGGACGGGCACUCAAGCUGCCCAACCUUGUCGACAUGGCAGCCCAGGUGGCUGGAGGCAUGGCCUACAUCGAGCGGAUGAACUACAUUCACAGAGAUUUGCGCUCUGCUAACAUUCUGGUUGGUGAUAACCUGGUGUGUAAGAUCGCUGACUUUGGCCUGGCCAGACUCAUUGAGGACAAUGAGUACACUGCACGGCAAGGGGCAAAAUUCCCUAUUAAGUGGACGGCACCUGAAGCAGCUCUGUAUGGAAAAUUCACCAUUAAAUCUGAUGUUUGGUCUUUUGGAAUCCUGCUGACAGAGCUGGUCACUAAAGGCAGAGUUCCAUAUCCAGGGAUGAAUAACAGAGAAGUACUGGAACAAGUGGAGCGUGGCUACCGGAUGCCGUGUCCCCAAGACUGCCCAAGCUCUCUACAUGAGCUGAUGGUUCAGUGCUGGAAGAAGGACGCAGAAGAGCGGCCCACUUUCGAGUACCUGCAGGCCUUCCUUGAGGAUUACUUCACCGCAACCGAACCUCAGUAUCAGCCCGGAGACAACCUCUAAACCCAGCCUCCUGGGCUCACCCUGAUCUUAUCCUCCCUGGGCCAUCUCAAGUGCCCUCGACUCCCUCCUGACUGGUGGUAUGUACAGCUUCAUGAGUUCACCUCAGCUCCUGUUACUCCCCUGCAGCUCCGCGCCCUAGUCGACCGAAGACUGAACCAUUUGCACAGACUUUCAACUUGAGGGGUGUACACAUGAGCGAGCUGGGGAGGCAAACAGAAGGAUUUUUGGAAGUAAAUGUGGGUAAAUUUGGAAGGGGGAGGAUGUGGAAAGGCUUUUCUUCUGACCAUUACCAUUAUAAUGAUAUGAAAUGAUGCCUGUAUUCAAUGUAAAUACGAGAAGCUUCUUUAUGGUUUAUUUUUUUGUUUGUUUUCAUUCAGGGUCUUUUUUUUGUUGUUGUUAUCCCCACUCAUCUUUUUGUGUUGCUUCGCAAGGUAGCAAUUUUGGUCACGUUGAGGAACCCAUUCUUCAUGAAGGAUAAAGCAGACAUUUAUGAAGGGGUUAGGUGCGUGUCAAUGCAUAAAACAAGUCUCUAUGUCUACUUGUGAUAUUUGAAUUUAAGAAUAUGUGGUUUAUGCUAACGAGAUCAUGGAGGAAUAAAGAGUCUUUAUUAUUCUAGUGGUUUUAAAAUAUCUCAACCUGCAAGGGAAAUUGAUUUCUCACAUUUUCUUUAAUUUAUUUUUUUGUUUUGUUUUACAUUACUUAAGAUACUAAAUUGAGUUGACAUUUUGCUAGUCUCUGAGAAUUGUGUCCUCUCCAAAUUAUUAGAUGUUAACCUAAUUUUACACAUAAUGUACAUUUUUGUAUUUCUAGCCAAAUGUUAAAGACUGCCAUACAUCAGCAUAUCUCCACAUAGAAAAUGCAUUGUGUUUAGUUUUCCAGUUACCAGGUAUUUUUGAGUAUGAUUUUUUUUUUUCAUGAUGGAAGAGAAUUGCUUAUACAGUAUUAAAAGGUCCUGUUCCUCCAUACUUAGGCUGUGUCCAAAGCCUGAAAAAGCUGCGUUCUCAUACAGUGUUCAUAGUAAGUUACCAAGGAAUGUUUGAAUCCAAUAUUUGCUUGAAUCCAAUAUCAUACUUUACACAAAUAUGUAGGCAGAUGUACUAUAGCUACUGUAGUGCACAUUUCAUUCUCAGAGUGAACGCAAGAGAACAUCUCACAGAAACUAUUUCUACCGUCAGUUUUCUCUUUCAGGUCAACUACUGUCAUGGUGGAGCAAAAGUUUAAAGAGAAUCUUGCCAAAUAAGUCAGAGGUAAAGUUAGCUAAACUUUGUCAGAAAAAAUGUACAAAAAUGGUACAUUUUGAGGUACAACAGCAUGUCGCUAGGGCAGUACCCUCAAAAGGACAAUUUUGUAUCUUAUCGACCUCUAAAGGGUGUAUUUUAGUAUCUUAAAAAGUAAUAUGUACCCUUAAGGUACUACUGUGAACUGUUUAGGUCUAAGUAAUGUACAAAGUUGUCCUGCUGAGAAUAUGCUCUUGAAUUUGUUCUUGAUGAUUAGACAUGACAUUAUGGUGCCUUGAAAGUUUUCUUUAUAUAGAAUGCUGUUUGUUAAAUCAUUAACUGACUGGGCAGUGAGUAAGCAAAGCAGCUGUCUUUGGUUUCAGACACAGCCUCAUUCAAAUCAGAUCAGAUUCCAUUUGCUCUCCGUGACAACUGGUCCCUAUCCUCACGCACCUCAGUUUUUAUGUGCCGUUUAUUCUGUUCUCCAUGAAUAAAUUUUCAAGAAUUCUAUUCUAUUUUAUAAUUUAUAGAAUUCUGUUCUAUUUUAAUUCUAUUUUAUAGAAUUUAUUCUAUUCAUGAAUAAAUUCUCAUGAAUAAAUUCUCCAUGAAUUCUGUUCUCACGCUUUUAACAUUUAUUUGUUUUAAUGUAUUUUAUUUAAUCUAGAAUGAAUCUAUUUGUAACUGUUUGGAUUUGGAUCAAGGGAAUACUCCAAAAUACCAUUUCCAUUGUUGGUCUGUACAGUGCACAUCACAAUGUCUUUAAAACCCCUCACCUACAGUUCAGUUGAUUUAACAGUAUUGCAAGUGUCAGUAAUCCCCUCAAAAUUGCCAUUCCCAUUUUUUUAACAUGCCAUUUUGUUAACAUUUCCCAUUUGGAAAUAAAAAAUGCAGUAUUUUACACA